CAAACAAAAGAAAGUAGUGGUCGAGUUAAAACACAGACAGAUGAUGGCAUGGUAUUGUUAAAUUCAGUUGGCGCCUUAAAGCUCAUUAUUAAUGAAUGGAUAAAAUCCUAUCCACCUCUGCUCCUACUGCUGAUUGCUUACCCCAUACCCUGUCCUUCUCACACUCUCGCACGCUAUUUGCACUGAAAUCCUAGCUAGCUGCCUGUAAGCACUAAGCUAGACUCUCUGUUUCUCUUCUCCACUCUUGACACUUCAUCAAGUACAGGGAAGUUCAAUUAGACUAUUGGCAUCUCCAAAUCUUGGCUGUUUUGAGCCUAACUGAAUCAUGGAAGUUGCAGAAACAAAAUGUUCCUCAGGCUAUGGCAAGCCUCCUUGGAUAUUUAAAGGCAGUGCCUUAUACCAGCUUCAUCUUGUUAAAUCCGAAACUGCUCGAGCAUUCAUUCCGAAAGAGUUCAGAUUAGUUGAAGCAUUUGGAUACACUCUUGGAGGUUUUUUUCUUGCUAGCUAUGAAGACAGUCCAGCUGGGGUUUUUGAUGAGCUUGUGGUGAUUGCAGGAACAGUGUGGAACCCCCCAACAUCUUGUGCAUGGGCAGCCAGGGUGCUUGUAAACAGUGGUGAUGCUUGUGAUCAUGGACGAAAGGAGGUAGGGCUUCCCAGUCAAGUUGCCAAAUUUUCCAAGAAAAUCACAGCAAUUCCAAGGCAAAGAAAGAGCAAAUUUAGUGGCUUUCUUGACAAGAUUGGUUUGGGCACGGCAAGUUUUAGUUCAAAGAGCUGCAUGGAUGUUCUAGUAACUGAAACUAAUGGUCGUUCCACAACUGAUAUCUGCAACAUCAACCUUACGGCUGUUGGGAUGAAAUUCGACAAAUGGAAGGGGCCAGCAAUAAAAAUGUCGCUACCAAGUUUCAGUGGACGUACAGAGUAUAACCCAAGCCUUUUGAAAUAUUCUUGCAAUAUUGAAUGCAGAGUACGAGCAGUGCGGGCAGCAAAAGUAUCAAGGCCAUCUCUAACAUCAAAGCAAGACGCUGAAGAGUCAUUGAGUGAGCAUGAGAGGCAGAACUUGACCAUAUCUGUGAUGUUGUCAAAGCCAAUACUAGCUUUAGAGUUCAGUUGCUUAAAAAUGCAGGUUGAAGCCCCUGUUGUAGUUUCCCAGCAUCCUACAAUCAGGUUUGCAACUACAGUCACGGAUUAAGGGCACUAUUAUUGUUCGAAAAAAUCGUUGAUAUUUGUAAUCAAUGCCAAAUUUGUAUUGGUUUUUACUCUUUUUUUGUUGUUGUUGGUAGAUGAUCAGUAGUGGAAGUGGCAAAUAGUCAUUACUGUAAACAAUGGAAGUCUGGCAGAGCUAGGAUGUUUACUUAUGAGGCCAAAUCCAUGAUUGCUUUUCCGAAGAA